GGCCGGUUAGUCAUGGUAACGACGACGUCCAGUUGGUUGAGGGCCUACGCGGAUAUACUUGGUCCGACUGGAGGAGCGGCAAGUCCGUUGGUUUUCCUAACGGCGUUUGCCAAUCCACCGUCUGAAGGUGCUGAGAGCCUUGCCCAUUGGUCGAAUCCUGGCCGAUCAGAACUUCUUGAAGGGAAGUACUGUGGUGUUGGCAUUUCAAAGUGCUUUAAAACUAUUGAAGGGAUAGGAGGAACUCCUACACUGGCGGUCGUUGUUGACUUGAAAAAGAGUGCCCUUUAUUACGAUAGACAGCCGUUAAUCAAAAAAAUCGCUGAAAUCUUUUGUGUAAAGGUUAAGAGUUUAAUAAGUAAAAUAGAAAUAGAACUACUUAAUAAAUUGCUGAAAGGACUAUACGUUCGGUGUUGCUAUGGGAAGUAUAGAACUUUCCGGCUGUUUGAAGUGAUGGAGCAGACACCGGACGAAAGGAGCUUCAUGUAUUGCGGAACAACGAUAACACUUGUUGAAUAUUUUGAAAAGGUUUACCAUAUCACCUUGAAUUACCCAAAAAUGCCAGUUGUAGUGGAAAAGACCUACAAAAAGGAACUGAACUACUACCCAAUAGAGCUUUUACAAGUUUGCGAAAAUCAGCGCGUAACACUGGUUCAGCAGACCACUGCCCAAGUGCGAAAGAUGAAUAAAGUCUGUACGGUAGCUCCUAACCGGAGUAGAGAGCAAACAGACAAAUCGAGAAAAUUUCUUAGGAUUGAUGAGUGUGGCCAGAAAAAUGAUUGGCGUUACAAAGAUUCGUUUCUGGCUAGAUGUAGGCAAAGAGGACUCGGUGUCGAAGAACCAAAUAUUGAAUAA